GAGGAUCGGCAAGAACCAGCACAAGUCAAUUUCAAUCCAAACGUCAAAGUACUAAAAUCUAUUUCAAAUUUGUUCCUAAAGUUUAUACUUCUAUUCCUACACUCAUCAUGCUUCGACAAAGUUUUACCUUCAUCUUAUUAUUGUCUGUAAUGUCAUUUAUUCACAGUCAACCAAACCCUACAGAAAUGAUGAAUAAAAUGUGUGAAGGAGGAAUGAAAGCAAUAACAGCUGGAACUUUUGAGAAGGGAAUCAAAGACAGGAAUGAAUGCAGGGAGAAAGCCGUAUCUAAAGAAGUACUUGCUGCUGUGAACAAAUGUGAAGAGCUUAUGCCAAUGUCGACCGCUGAUCAAGUGAAGCAAGUUUGCUCUGCUAAGGAUGCUAAUGUAGCCAAACUAACAGAGAAAUUGAAAUGUGAAAAAGCAGCACUUGGCGAUGAUAUGCCUAAAUUUGGAGAAUGCUGUAAGAAAAUAAAUCCAGAUAAUGCUUGAAAUAGUCCAGGAAAUUUCAACUAAAACCUCAACCUAAGCAAAAUGGUUCUUUCAAUGGGUCUGUUGUUUUUCCGUUGAUUUGGUCUGAUUUCUUUCUAUUAGCAUCACAAUUUAUAAAAUGUUGAACACAAAUUUUUCAUCUAAAUAAUAAAUAUUCAAUUGCAAACAAUUU